UUUUAGUAACAGUUACUUUUUGCAUAUGAACAAUAUCUGAGCUAUUUAACCGACUGCGUUAGAAAGUGAAUGUGAUGGGCGCCGAAGUUUUAUGCGCAGUUCUUCAGAGGGCGCGUGGGAAAAACCGUUUCCAAAAACCUCUUAUAGAGUAAUCGCACUUAUCAUUCUUCUCUUUAGUGAUACCAACAAUUCAAACUUCGAAUUUCUGUUAACUCUAUGGAGACCAGCAUGGGCGAGAAAUUAUAUUCGAGUUAUUUUGAGAGUCUGCAGAAUAAAGCGUACAAAAUCGAUAAUGGCAUCGACAGAUUGUCUGAGAUUUGGAAAACGCCACACCUGUUGAUUGGUGGCUACGGAGAGCGUCCUGUCGAGAUGGAUACAUAUCUGGAGGAAUUGUGGAAGUCUAUUCGUGAUACUAACGAUGCAAUAGAGAAAUCUAGGAAGAAGUUGGAACUGUCAUUGGAAAAGACGGAUCAGUUCUUAAGUGAAGCUCAAGCAUCCUUUGAGGAUUUGAAGACAAAGUCUGACAACAUAGAUAUUGUUCUUGCUGAGUAUGGUUAUAAUUAUGAAGAAUAUAAAGAUAUGUCAGAAAGUGAUCAUAGAAAUUUUAACAAAAACUGUACAGAUGAAGAUAUUUUAUACACUAAAGAAGUGGAAGUUGAGUUUACACCAAAUUUGACAUGGAAGUGUAAAGCUAAAGUUAAAGAAUCAGACAUUUCCAUUUCAAACCAGGAAAAACCAACCGUCAAAUGUAUCGCUACUCCUGUAAUUAAGAGUCUAGCAUCAGUUUUCCACUCAGAAAAUCAUAAAGCAAAAGAUUAAUUAAAGAAUGUUACACCAGCAUAAGAAUCAAGAAACAUGAAAUAUGAAGCAAGAAACAUGAAACAUCACUCAAAAAUACUAAGAAAAUAAUUUAAAAUUCUGACAUAUUUUCAAAUUUGUAUUUAUGAUACUAGAGAGAAAGGUAAUAUGUAUAUAUAUUUGUUUAUAAUGAUAUAGUUUAUGAUGAGUACACAUA